AUGCUUCUCUGCAGAGGCAUCGAGGUCGAAGAGUUGACCAUCUGUGAGCUCCAACAACAUCUUACCACAGCAUCAUUCACAUCUCAAGAUCUCACCCAAUGCUACCUAAAUCGCAUGGACGUGCUCAACCCAUGCAUAAAAGCCGUCAUCGAGACCAAUCCAGAAGCGCUCUCCAUAGCGAUUGACCUUGAUACAGAACGUAGCAAUGGGGUUGUCCGAUCCAUGCUCCACGGCAUCCCGUUCCUCGUGAAGGAUAACAUUGCCACCAAGGAUGGAAUGCAAACUACGGCAGGCUGCUUCGCACUCAUAGGCACAAGGGUUCCAGCCGACGCUGACGUUGUUGCCCAGCUUCGAGCAGCUGGUUGUAUAUUGCUUGGCAAGGCAAACCUAAGUGAGUGGGCAUCAAUGCGCUCGAGUUAUUAUUCGGAAGGCUACUCGAGUCGCGGCGGACAAAACAGAAAUCCUUACAACCUGGCCGAGCAUCCCGGUGGCAGUAGCAGUGGUAGCGCAAGCGCUGUCGCGGCCAAUUUCUGUGCCUUUAGCAUUGGGACCGAAACAGAUGGCAGCUUAAUGUUUCCAGCGGACAGGUGCGGGCUUGUGUCAAUCAAACCGACUGUAGGGUUGACAUCCACGACCGGAGUCAUUCCAGAAGCCAAGAGUCUUGACACCGUUGGUCCAUUUGGAAGAAGCGUUGAAGAUGUUGCUCUUGUCCUCGAGGUGCUGGCCGAUCCCAACAGUCGCCCUUCCAGCUUGAAUCCGGACUAUUCUUCACUCCUAGCGAGUAAGGAGAUGUUAAUAAAUGCCAGGUUCGGAAUGCCUAUGAACCGAGUCUGGAACAGUGCCAGGGACAAUGCGGAACAGGCGGCAGAAUACGAAGCGCUAAUCGAGCUUGUAAGCAAGAUCAAAGAUACUGGUGCAAAAGUCUAUGAGGUUGAAUUUCCUAGUGCUGAGGAUAUCAUACCCCCUGAUGGCUGGGACUGGGACUAUGCGGAAGGCUACACUGGGUCCAGUCUUUCUGAAUUUCAGGUUGUCAAAACCGAGUUCUACCACGGGCUCAAAGAAUACCUAACCGGACUCGAACAUAACGAGAGCAGCAUCUUGACGCUUGAGGACAUCGUUAAGUAUAACAUCGAUCACACUCACACAGAAGGUGGGGUUCCUGGCACUCACCUGGCCUGGCCGACAGGCCAGGACAACUUCGAUCGCUGUCUCGAGGCAAAGAAUGAGAGUGAAGAGCAGUACACGAAAGCCUUUGAAUACAUUCGUCUCAAAUCACGCGAACAAGGCAUCGAUGCUGCACUGACGCAUUCAGAAGGCGAUUUAGACGGCCUUAUUGUGCCCAUAUCCGUGGAUGGUGGUGUUUCUGUUUCCAUUGCGGCAAAGGCUGGAUAUCCAAUGAUUACUGUUCCGGUCGGAGUUGACGGUAAAGGAGUGCCAUUCGGCAUUGGGCUGAUUCAAACGGCGUUUAGGGAAGACCUAUUAAUCAAAUACGGAUCUGCCAUCGAAGACCUUACCGGUCCACGACCGGAGCCAACAUAUUUGAACUUUUAUGCCAGCAAUUACACCUACAUUGGGACACCGCCAGUAUCGUCAUGA